AUCGCCCGGAUCCGGAAGCGGCCUGGCGAGCAGGAUGGCGGCCAGCGGCGGCCCGGCGCCCGGAGGGGCAGAGCUGGUGCGGCUGAAUGUGGGCGGGCGCAGGUUCUGCACCUCCGCAAGACGCUCUGCUGGGCGCCGGACUCCUUCUUCUCCAGCCUCCUCAGCGGCCGCAUCUCCUCGCUACGGGACGAGACCGGCGCCAUCUUCAUCGCCCUGGGACCCCGACCUCUUCGGCCCCGUCCUCCACUUCCUCCGCUGCAAAGAGCUGGACCUCAGGGGGAGCGACGUCUCGCUGCUGCUGCACGAAGCCCAGUUCUACGGAAUCACGCCUCUCAUUCGCCGCCUGCAGUUGCACAAGGAGCUGGAGCGGUCCUCCUGCGGGAGCGUCCUGUUCGAGGGUUACCUGCCCCCCCCUUCUGUGUUUCCUGCCAAGCGGUGGAACCGCCACAGCAUCACGGGGGGACAGUUGGCUGCCCGGUCAGGCAACCCCCUAGUGCGCCGGAGCAACACCAUGCCCCCAACCUUGGCAUCGAGGCGAGUGGAGGAGAGGAGCCCGGCAGCCGGAGCCACAAAUGAUCCAGGCAUGGUUCGUCUUAUCUGCGGACAUCAUAACUGGGUCGCUCUGGCUUACGUCCACUUCCUUAUCUGCUACAAGAUGAAGGAGACCUCUGGCUGGCAGCUGGCUUUCUGUAGCCCCCGGCUGGACUGGGUAAUCGAGCGGGUGGCAUUAAAUGCCCGGGUGCUUGGUGGGUCCUUGGGUGAUAGUGACAAAAUGGUGGCUGCUGCCUCCUGCAGCGAAAUCCUUCUGUGGGCCCUUCAGCCUGACGGGAACGGCACUGAGAUUGGAGUCUUCUCCUUAGGGGUCCCCCUGGAAGGUCUCUUCUUUGUGGGCAGCCAGCUUAUUGCCACCAGCCACACAGGCAAGAUUGGCGUCUGGAACGCCGUCACCAAACACUGGCAGACUCAAGAUGUGGCUCCCAUCAACAGCCAUGAUGCCGCGGGCUCCUUCUUGCUCCUGGGCUGCCACAAUGGCUCCAUCCAUUAUGUUGACGUCCAGAAGUUCCCUCUGCGCAUGAAGGACAAUGACCUCCUGGUGACCGAGCUGUACCAUGACCCUGCGGAGGAUGCUGUCACCGCCCUCAGCGUCCACCUCACACCCAAGAGCAGCCACAGUGGAAACUGGAUUGAAAUAGCCUAUGGCACCAGUUCAGGGAUGGUGCGCGUGAUUGUCCAGCACCCGGAGACGGUGGGCUCGGGCCCCCAGCUCUUCCAGACCUUUGCUGUCCAUCGUAGUCCUGUCACCAAGGUGAUGCUGUCAGAGAAGCACCUCAUCUCAGUCUGUGCUGACAGCCACGUACGGACAUGGACGGUGACCCGAUUCCGUGGGAUGAUUUCUACGCAGCCAGGCUCCACCCCGUUGGCCUCUUUCAAGAUUCUGGCCCUGGACUCAGCGGAUGGGCAGGGGGGCUGCAACGCAGGCACAGACAUUGGGCCUUUUGGCGAGCGCGAUGACCAACAGGUGUUCCUCCAGAAGGUGGUUCCAGACGCCAGCAAGCUGUACGUGCGCCUCUCCUCCACCGGGAAGAGGAUAUGCCAGGUGUGCUCAGUUGACGGCUCAUCAAUCACGGCCUUCCUGGUCCAGGAGUGCGAGGGCUCCAGCCGCAUCGGCUCCCGUCCACGCCGCUACCUCUUCACCGGCCACAGCAAUGGCAGCCUCCAGAUGCGGGACCUCACCACCGCGAUGGAGAUGGGGGACCAACCGCCAGAUUGUGGUGGCCUCUCGGAGGAAGAGCUGCUCUCUGAGUUGGGGCAGUGUGACCUGGCCCUCACCCACACCCUGGAAACGAGUCCCACGGGGUCUUUCACGCUCUCCAGUACUUCUGGCCUCAGCUGCCCCCAGAACCGAGAUGUGGGCAGGACCUGCGAGAAGCCAUCGAAAGCCUCCCCAGCCAGGUUGGACUUCCAGCGAGGGGACGGCCACCGACCACAGCCGGGCGAGAACUUCUUGGACCGACCCUCCGAGGGCCAGCGGACCAGCCAUUCCCGGGGAGGGCUUUCUGCUAGCCUUCUGAGCCAAAGGCUGCCCAGCCCCCAUCCUGGCCCCCUGGAGCCCACCCUCCCCCUAGCCCCACCCAGAGUGCCACUCAGCGAAACCUCUUUCUGACCUCUGCUCGUGGUUGGGGAGCAAGGGAGCCAGCGGGGAUCCAUGCUGCUGCUGCUGCUGCUGCGUCCAGCCUCUCGCAACUCCGGUGGCCGGGAGCUCAGUGAAGUAGAGCCUGCCCACCCGGCCUCCUCCAGGGCUCCUGGAACUCCAGAACUCCAAAGCCCUUGCCGAGGCUCCUGGGGCCUUCAUCCUCCUCCUUUUCUCCUCCCUGGUGUGCAAGAGCAAAUUGCAUUGUCCCACGUGGCCUCUGCGAGGCUGCCCCUCCCUCCCUCCCUCCCUCCCGCUUGUGGAAAGCCAAAGAUAUUUAUGAGCCACCAGCCCCCUUCAGCUGCCUUGGCUGACUGGCUUCCCUUCCCUUUCUCUGGUGAGAUAAGCAGCAAUAAAUAUACCUGGAAAGAUG